AUGAAUUUAUUUCCUAGUAGUUCUGAAAAAAGUUAUAAGGAUAUUUUUGAUUUGGAUCAAAAUAUAUAUAAAAGGCAAAAAAGAAAAAAUAAAAUACUUAACAGUAGUAACGAUAGUAAUUGGAGCCAUGUAGAUGGUAAUAAUAUAAACUAUAACAAAAGAAAAGAUGAACAGGACCACUUUGUUGAAUACAAUUUAUUCAACACUUCAUCAAGUCAUGAUAAUAAUAAUAAUAAUAAUAAUAAUGAUGAUGAUGAAAAAGAAAAUAACAAGAACAAAAACAAGGAGAAGAGUAUGAUAAAGAAGAAGAAGAAAAAAAAAAAUGAUGAGGUGCCUAAAAAGUAUAAAGAAAAAAUAUAUACAAAUAGUAGUAAUAAUAAUUGUAAUUCUAUAAAGAUACAAAAGAAACAAGAGGAGAAACCAUUCUCCUUAUUUAGUAGUAAUACAUAUAGUGACAACAAUAUAAAUAAAAAAUCUAUAGAAAAAAAUGAAUAUUGCCUUUUUAGUAAUAGUUCGGAGAGUGAACAUUGUUGUGAGAGUAAAAAAAAUAAAAAAGAAAGUUAUAUUAAUGAGAAAAAAAUGUAUAGCUUAUUUAGUAGUGAUAGUGAAUAUAAUGAAUAUAUACAAGACAAUAAUAAUAAUAAUAAUAAUAAAAAGAAGAAUGUGUCUAAUAAUAUAUUUGAUCUAGAAAAUAAUGAUGAUGUACAUUCAAAAGAUGAAAAAAAAAAAAAAAAAAAAAAAAAAGAGAGUUUUUUAAAAUGGACACCUCAUAAGAAUAUAAAACGUUCUUAUAAUAAAAAGAAUUAUAAUAAAAUAACCUAUAAUGACAAUAAUAAUAUUUUAUAUAAAAAGUAUACAAAUAUAUAUAAUAGUUCAAAAAAAAAGAAUGCAGAUAAACAUUUUAAACAAAAUUAUAAACACAAAGACAUGAAAAAUAAAGUAAAUAACUUAUUUAAAGAACAUGAAAAUAGUGAAUAUCGAUUAGUCAAUUUUGAAAAAUUAAAAAAAAGAGCUUACAGAAAAUUAAAUUUUCUUAGUAUAGUAGAUGUACAAAAAUCGUUAAGUGAUUUAAGCGAGGAAAGAAAAAAUUAUAAAAAUAAAAAACCACAUGAUAUAUAUAAAGACACAUAUGAUGAUAAUAAUGAAAACACAUAUAAUGAACAUAAACAGGGUAUAUAUAAUAAUAAGCAAUAUGAUGAAAAACGUGAUAACAUAUAUGAGAGGGAUAUUUUAAAUAAUAGUAUAUGUUCAUCAGAUAGUUUUUAUAAAUCUAAUGAAUCUUUCUUUUUACAUGAAAAAGAUGAGGAUUCAACUAAUUUAGAUUCAAUAGAAAAUAAUAAAUAUAGUAAUCAAACAUUAGAUAUAUAUAACUAUUAUUAUCAAAAUAAUCAUGAGGAAAGAAAUAAAGAUAAUAAAUAUUUAGAAAAAAUCGUGUACAAUUCUACGAAUAAUAAUUGUGAUGACCUUUACAACUAUUUAUUUAAAAUGAAUGAUUCCAUUGAUGAAGAUAAGGAAAGUACCAAAAAAUAUAAUAAUGAUGAGGGGAAUGUUGGUAGUAAUAAUAUUGAUGAUGAGGAUGAUAAUUUAAAUGAUGAAUUAGGUAAAGCUGAACAAAGAAAAGAAACAAAUCAAACAAAUCAAACAAAUGAAAAAAAUCAAACAAAUCAAACAAAUGAAAAAAAUGAAACAAAUCAAACAAAUGAAAAAAAUGAAACAAAUCAAACAAAUGAAAAAAAUGAAACAAAUCAAAUACAUCAAACUAAUCAUAUACAUCAAACAAAUCAUAUACAUCAAACUAAUCAUAUACAUCAAACAAAUCAUAUACAUCACAUAUUAGAUGAUAAGGAUAAUCUUUCUAACACAAGAAGGAUACGACAACUUAAAAGACGUAGAAGAAAAAAAAACGAUUUCUUAUUAAAAAGAAAUAUUAUGUUAUAUAGAAAUUUUAAAAAUAUUAAUAAUGAAAUAUCAAGACAAAAUAAUAAGAAAGGGGUGAGGUUUAAGGAAAUGAUAGGAGAUUUUAUACGAGUAUUAAAUAAGAAUGUAUUAAAAAUAAAUGAACAAAAUGAAAAAAAACAGAAAAAAAAAGAAGGUGAAUAUUAUGAAAAUAACAUAAAUAAUAAUAAGAGUAAUAUGGAUGGAUAUAAUAUAUGUGAUAAUAAUACCAACUUUAAUCUUUUUGAUGAUGAUACUAGUGAUGUAGAAUCAUUUAUUAAUUUUGAAUGUUAUAUUAAUAGUUGUGAUAUGAUGGAAAAAGCUUCAUGUGACUGUCUAUUUUGUAUUCAACAUAAGAAAAUAUUAAAUAAGGAUGAACUAUAUUUAAUUCUGUUUAAAUAUAUGGAAGAUAAUAAAACGGAAGGUACAACAAUCAUUAAACCAUAUUUUUUAAAUAUCUAUGUAUUUACAUGUUUUAUAAAUUUUUGCAUUCAUUAUAAGAAUAUAAGUAUAUGUAAAGCAGAUGAUAUUGAUGAAAAUAGUAAUAAUUCUGAUGACCAAUGUUUAGAUGAUCAUCUUAAUAAUAUGAAUAAUAUUUGUAAGGAUGAGAAGGGAUUUCAUUAUAAUAAUUUGGACAAGAAAAAGAAAAAAAAAAUGCAUUUUUACAAAUAUAGCCAUAGUUUAUAUAUGAAAUAUAAUAUAAAAAAGAUGAUAUAUUUUAUUCCCAAAAGGAUUGUUCUAACCACUGUGGCAAUAUGUAUAUAUGGAGUUCAUUUUUUAAAUAAAGACAAUGAAAUAAAUGAAGAAAUAAAAGAAAGAGAGAAAAAAAAAGAAAAAGAAAAAGAAGAAUGCAUUGCCAUCAUUAAUUUUUUAAGAUGGAAAAAAGUUCGAAAGAACUUUUAUGAAAUUUUAAAGUUAAAAAAAAAAAGAAAAGAAAAUUUGAUGAUAUAUAAAAAGUGUUUUUUUUUUAUCAAUGCAAUUGAUGAAUAUUGUAAUAUGUGUAAUAUCCCUAUAGAUGAUGCUUGUUCAUAUAAUACCCAAAAAAAUAAAAAAAACAAAAAAAAUGUACAUAAUCGAAUGGAUACACGUUUAAAUUUACGUAAUAAUAAAACAAAUACUUAUGAUAAUUCUUUUGAAUAUUAUAAUCAAGCAGAAAUGCAAAAAAUACAAAAAAUACAAAAAAUACAAAAAGUGGAAGAAAUUCAAUAUAUACAAGAUAUAUUAAAUUCAAAUUUACAAGUAAAUAAUAUACAAUUUCUUUUCUUUGACCCUAUAUAUGUCUCUUCAAAAAAAUAUGUACAUUUUUAUCCUUCCCACUUCAUCAUGCUUUUUUAA